UACAGACCGUACCUACAUACGGCUACUUGCAUACCACGUUUCAUAAUAGAACCGUUUGCAAUAGUGUGGCCUGUUUCGAAACGCGUUUGCUGUUAUUUUUCUUAGCGUUUAUACAUGUAUUCACUUUUCUUAAAAAGAAGUUCGAGCUUUUUGUUUUUGAGUGUUUUCAGGACGGAUAACAUUCAGUUUGUGUAUAGUAAAUAGACAGUAUUGAAAAUAUAAUUGGGUGUUGGGUCAGUCUGUCAACUCAGGUAGAGUAUAUGUAUGUAUGUCAUACACACAGAAACGAUAUCUGGGUACAUAUUCGUCGUAUGAUCAUGCAAGAAAUAGUAACAAAAAAAAGAACAAAACGAUUGAGGUAAACAUGAAAGUAAACUAGCUAAGAAAAUAUAGCGAUGACGAAAUUAUUUUAAUUGCACACCGAAGAAUGCCGACUGAUUUUUCCCGCAACUUCGUGCUAAUUGAACGGUAGAAGCUACAGGUCACGAUUAUUUUGAGUUACUAUUGAUUGAUAAACAGAGUGACCAAAAAAGAAAAAAAAAAUGGUGGACCACGGAUUUCCUGGACAGCAUACUACCACAACUACAGUAACUACAAGUACCACUACUACACAACCAAUUAUCCGAUUUGAUCCGUCUUACACGAGAACAUUACCUGGAAUUCUUAAAGUCGCUCAAGUGAUUUUGAGUCUUCUAGGAUUCAUAUGCAUCACAGUGUCCAGCCAAAGCAGUUCCAGUCGUGGAGGAUGGUUCAAUACCGUGGCGAUGGGUGGUUUCUGGUUCACAGGGAUAUUGCUCGUUUUUUACUUGUUUCAUAUCGUUGAAAAAUUUUCGAAAAUUCCUUGGAUAAAAAUUGAGUUCAUAUUUUGCUCAAUUUGGACUGCUUUCUAUUUGUUAGCUGCUGCUCUGGCAGCAGAUUAUGCUAAAUACGUAGAAGCUUUUGGAGUUGCAGCAUUCUUUGGAUUCUGUGCCAUGGUAGCUUACGGCCAGGACGCUUGGUUGAAGUUUCAAGCAGCAAGGAGCGGUGCUUUAGCACAGGAUUCUAGUAACAAAUGGAUCAAAUGGUUAUCUUUAUUUAUUUGUAAUUGUACGCGCCACAAGAGAAAGGAAGGUGUACGUUUUCAAGAUAUACAUACAAGUAAUGUUAGUUAGACAUAAGAAUCGCGUUUGUUAUAAUUUAAUGAUUUUCAUGAUAUUACGCAACGUAUCACGUAUAUUUUGUGAUCUUUAUUCGAUCGACUCGAUACAGGUACCUACAUUUAUAUGUACAUGAUAUUAGAUACAUACUAAAUAAUUCUAUUUAACAAAUUUCGAACAACACGAAGAAAACGCAACGACGAUAGUUACGAUGAAACUUGUACUACUAAAACGUUACUUAAACGAAAUAAAUUAUUGAAUGUUUUUUCCCUGCAAA